UUCAGAUACACCCGUUCGCUGCUAGACAGCUCGCCCUGCUUAGUAAACACACCGCGUCCAUCUUCAGACAUUUGCUCAUACACAUCCCUCCCGCAGGAGAGCAAAGAUGGGCUCUGUUCUCGGGCUGUGCUCUAUGGCCAGCUGGAUCCCCUGCCUUUGUGGCAGUGCUCCUUGCCUGCUGUGCAGAUGUUGCCCAAGUGGAAACAACUCCACUGUAACCCGACUGAUUUAUGCCUUCUUCAUGCUUAUGGGAGUGGGCAUCGCCUGCAUCAUGCUCAUGCCUGGCAUGGAAGGCCAGCUGAAGAAGAUUCCAGGCUUUUGUGAAGGAGGAAUGGGUUCUUCUAUCCCAGGUGUAGAGGGUCAUGUGAACUGUGAUGUGCUGGUGGGCUACAAGGCAGUGUACCGUGUUUGCUUUGGCAUGGCCAUGUUCUUCCUUCUCUUCUCACUCCUCAUGAUUAAGGUCAAGAGCAGCCAGGAUCCACGAGCUGCUGUUCAUAAUGGGUUUUGGUUCUUCAAGUUUGCUGCUGCCACUGCUAUUACGGUCGGAGCAUUCUUUAUUCCUGAAGGCCCCUUUACAACUGUGUGGUUCUACAUUGGGAUGGCUGGUGCUUUCUGUUUCAUUCUGAUUCAGCUGGUGCUUCUAAUUGACUUUGCUCACUCCUGGAACGAGUCAUGGGUGGAGAAGAUGGAGGAGGGAAACUCUCGUUGCUGGUACGCAGCGCUGCUCUCUGCCACGACUCUAAAUUACGCCCUUUCAUUGGUGUCCCUUGUCAUGUUCUACGUGUACUACACUCACUCUGACGGCUGCACGGAGAACAAAGCCUUCAUCAGUGUCAACAUGCUGCUGUGUGUGGGAGCCUCUGUCAUGUCCAUUUUGCCCAAGAUUCAGGAGUCUCAGCCCCGGUCUGGCCUCCUGCAGUCCUCCAUUGUUACCCUGUACACCAUGUACCUGACCUGGUCUGCCAUGACCAACGAGCCUGACCGCAAAUGCAAUCCAAGCCUGCUCGGCAUUAUUGGCCUGAACAGCACCAGCUCAGCUGGCAAGGACCAAGUAGUCCAGUGGUGGGAUGCUCAGGGCAUUGUAGGAUUGAUUCUGUUCCUCAUGUGUGUUUUGUACUCCAGCAUCCGCAACUCCAACAACACUCAAGUGAACAAACUCACCCUGACCAGCGAUGAGUCUGCUCUGAUCGAGGACGGCCCUGCUCCUGAGAAUUUUGACGAGGGGGAUAAUUCCAACCGUGCCAUUGAUAAUGAGAAAGAUGGCGUCACAUACAGCUACUCCUUCUUCCACUUCAUGCUCUUCCUGGCCUCUCUUUACAUCAUGAUGACUCUGACCAACUGGUACAGUCCUGACUCCAACUACGAGAUGAUGACCAGCAAAUGGCCUUCUGUUUGGGUGAAGAUGUCAUCCAGCUGGAUCUGUAUCUGCCUGUAUGUGUGGACCCUGGUGGCCCCACUGGUUCUCACUAACCGUGACUUCGACUGAUGAUCAAACUAGAAGAAAGCUCAGAGUGAACCUUGCCUGUCGUUAUUGUGAAUAUCCACCUGUAUAGGACGAGCAAGUGAUGUCAUAUUGUAAAUACCUGAUGUCUGCGCAUUCCCCCUGUGGUUGAGCUCUCCGGUUUGUUUUAACUAUUGCAUGUUAUGUAGUGAUAUUUAUUUGUGAUGUAUGUUAUGAAAGGAUGAAUCUAAAAGACAGACCACAGUUUUCAAGGCGGGAUUAUUAUUUACAUAAACAUCCCAAAGAAAAGUCAGGAGGGAGCUAACGUGUAUACUUAAAAAAGAAAAAAAAAAGUGUUAGUUAUUAUUAUGGAUAAGCUUGUCCAUAUUGUUAAUGUUCGCCAUAAGUUUUGUUGUGGAGAUGCAGCAACAACGCACAUCAUAUUAGAUCAUAAACCAUUGAUUGUAAUUUCCUAUAGAAUGGGCAUAGUAAUUCAGUGGUGCUGCUUUAGCAUGAAAAGAAUCAAUUGCUGAGUAGAGGUUUAGAUUUUCAUGCUUUUUUUCCUACAUAAUGAAUUCCAUUUACACAUGACAUAGCUAGGCUAUGAUUAAAGAUCAUAGAGCUCAUGUUGAUGGUGAUUCCAUGUUGUUUUCAGUGGAUGGAUAAUAACCGACUCCUUUCCCCGAAAGUGUUGCUGCUUGUGUUACUGUAAUUGGUUUGUGCAUGCUAUCAGAUUAACUCGGUCAGGCCUUUAGUUAGGACUGUAAAAUGCCACAGUGCUAACCCUUUUGCAACUUGCACAGUUUAGUUGAGUUUUGAACUUUUUAAUUCUUGUGUUGAAAUGUUUUGCACUGAUCCUUUUUUCUUUGAAACCCCAUGUUGAGAAUUGAUGUAUUAUGAUUUGAUAUCUGUAGUUUUCUUUUACACCGCUAAGGCAUUUAGACGUGUUACCAGCCUGCAGACAUUAUUAGUCUAGUAGUUGCUGUUAAGUAAUGUAAUAGAUGCUGCUGUGUUUUUUUUUUUUUGUCCUUUUGACAAGUGCAUUGUAAACUAUCUCGUCUUAUUCAUUAAAGGUUUAAAACCCCA